AUGUUGAGAUUACGAAUAUUAGCCCUGGCUGCAAUUUUUAUGACGGUCGAGGCGUACAAGCUUCAAGGAUGUUUUGAAGAUUUACCCUCAUCAUUUAGCUUUGCUAACGAAUACGUAUAUCAAAGUUCAGGUGAAUGUGCAAAGACUUGUGCCAACUACGAUUUUUUUGCUUUAACUGAGGGUAACAAAUGCUAUUGUGGGUCUUCUGCCUCUUCAUUAGCGGAUGAAGAUACCUCCGAUGAGUGUACCGUUCCUUGCGUCGGAUAUCCGCAGGAAAUCUGUGGUGGUGAUGAUGACGCGUACACUGUGUAUUCUAUGAGCGAUAGCUUCGUGCUGGGAAGCAGUGGCAGUUCGGGCUCUUCAUCCUCAUCUUCGUCUCGAACCAGUUCGCAAUCGACCUCCAGUAGUUCAAGAACAAGCUCUUCAACUUCAUCUACCACAGAUACCACAUCAAGCUCGAGCGUGGCAACAACGUCAGCUGCUUCGAACUCAGACGAAUCAACGUCAGUUCAAAUGUAUACCUCGGUGGUAACACAUUCAGGCUCGGAUCCUGUUACUUCUGUAGUGUAUGUCACUUCAGUUUCUACGCCAAGUGCAGAAUCCAGCGGAAAUAGCGGUGGAGGAUCCAACAGAGGAGCAUUAAUUGGAGGUGCUGUAGGCGGUGUUGUUGGUGCCCUGAUCAUAUUUUCCCUGGCUUUCUUCUUCACGUGGCGUCGUAUACACAACAACAAAUCAGACUUAUCGUCCUCUUCCACUAUUGAUGCCAUUUACGACGAAGCAAAGAAACGAAAUCCGAAGUUGGCCACUAACCCUUUUGAGGACCCAAACCAAGAGUAUACAGAUCAUCAAAUGAACCCCGUGGCCUUAGGAAGGCGGAGGCUGUCAGAAGGUUCUCUAGCAGAUGAAGCAGAUUACUCCAGGAAGGUGUUACGGGUAGCAAAUCCUGAUGAUGCUUAA